AUGCGAGUGGGCUCGCCCAACACACUGGAGAGUGUGUGCGGGCGGAUGGACAGAUGGACGGAUGCAGGGGAGCCCCCGGGCCCUGCUGACCUGCCCCCGCCCUGGGCACACGGGACUCCUCCUGGCUCCCGCGGCCCCCCUGGGGCCUCCGGACCUGGCACAAUCCACGGUGCCUCGUCCCACCCUGGCCCAGCGCCCAGCCCAGCUGGCACCCACGAGCCCCGGUCACUCCUGGACAGCAGGAGCCUGGCACUGCCCACUCCGCCCACUGGGCCGGCGUCUCUGGGGCAGGUGGGCAGCCUCUGCCCUACAGCACACAAACGCAGACCCCCCGAGGGGGUGGGGAGUCCUGGGGAGGGGCUGCAGGUCGGAGGUUGGAGGCCACAGGAGCCCUCCUCAGCCCACCCCCGAAAAGGGGCCCAGGGCCCAGGGGUGCCUCCUGGCCUGCAGGACACACGGCCUGUGGCCCGAGGACCCAGGCCCCCUCCCCAGAGGACCGUGACCUGGCGACGCACAGGCGUCCCUCCUGGAGGAGAGCGGGCACAGGCCGAGAGCCUGGGGCGCAGGCCUUUUGCAAUUAGGGUUUCCAGGGCUGCCAGAGCUCGUUAUGGAAAGGUCUGUGUGAGCCCCACGGCCUCGGGAGACAAGAGGUUCCAGGAGAUUCACAUCCCAGCCCACAGCCGGCCUCCCACUGGGCCGGGAGCCAGAGGGGUGGGGUCCGGCCUCUACCCUUUGCCUCCAGGAGGCCACAGCUGGGCAGACGCCCACCCCCCAAAACCCCAGAGGGUCCCUGCGGCCCCCGCACCCCACGGAAGUCCCCCAAGCAGGGGCUCGGUGGGAGCCGCUCUGCCCUGGGUUUUGUGCAGCCUCAGCCCGGGCGGGGCGGCAGGAGUGGAGUGGCCGUCACCGCCCCGGGGACACGUCACCGCCUCGGCCUAUGGGGCGCGGGGGACACACCUGCGGGCGGCCGCGGGCCGGGAUUGGCCGGCCCGGAGCGGCACCUGCGUGGGGCGGGGCGAGGGGCUCCAUGUAAGGCGCCGGGGCAGGCCGCCUCCCCUCUCCUGCGCGCUCCCCUGUUCCCAGGCGCGUCCAAACUCCCUGCAAGACCGGGCGGGCCACCUACCUGCCCGCGCCCAAGCCGAGUCCUCUCCUUUGUGCCUGGGCCUCACCUGGAGGGAGGCAGGAAGUGCGUCUCCGAGUGUCUCCGACGCGCCUCGCCCUGAGGCCGCCCCAGGGGUGAUAAUUCACAGCCCCGCAGCGAGUCGGCCACGCGAGCGACCCCCAGACAUCACCAGGAAGCCGUGUCCAGGCGCGGGAAACCGGAGCCGUCUGCUUUCGUCCACGGCUGAGCAGAGGGGUCGCUCCCUCAGGACGAGAUGCUUCAGCUGCACCCCGAGCCGGCUCUGCGGCGACCCCGGGCGACAGGCUGCUCUGCCCGCACCAGCAAGCGGGCGACCCGUGGUUCCAGGACUCUGAUCUGACGCCAGAACGUGCCCCUGAGCUGCCUUGGCCGAGCCGCUUGGCACCCAGGGAGGGGCCCCUGGGUCCUGGGGUGCACCCUGCCCAGGGCCGGGCGGCACGGAGGGAAGGGAGGGCUGCCCGGCUGCACCCCACUUGAUCACUGGAGCUGGCGAGGGCCCCGCGGCCUCCUGUGAACCGAGAUGGAGAGCAAGUCACCCGGGUCCGGCCCAGCCCACCCGGGCCCGGGGGUCCAGCCUGCCCCCACCCGCCUCUCCGGGGCUCACUGCUUCCUCGGGUGCUCGGCCUGCAAUGGGCGUCUUACCAGGCAAAGUUAGAUUGCGAUCACUCCGUCUAAUACUGUCUGGUAAUGCCGUCCAUGGCACCGGCCAUUUCGCCGCAGAGGAGGGCGCUGCGGCCCGCCCUGCAGCCCCCCAUCCACAGCACGGACCCUAGGGACCCUCCCUGGUUGCUGGGCAGGGGAGUCCCUGAGGGCCAGGCCUGGCCCCGGCCGUCAGCGGCUCUGGAUUGGUGAUGCCGCGGAGCCUGUGCCCCAGCCAGGCCGUCUCCAUUCCCCGCCACGCAACAUGCAACGCAGAUGCUCCCUCCUGCUGCAUGGGGGUCCUGUCCCGAGGGUCCCCAGCCACUGCUGUUGGGCCUGGGAGGGGCCUUGGUGGGCUGCAAUCAGGGGACAACCCCAGGCACCAGGAUGGGGGCCUCACCCCUGGGCCCCUCCCACCUGUGCCAGCCGCGGGCCCCACAGGGCACCCAAAGCCGGGGCAGGAGGAGCUGGGGACGGGCAGCAGGAGCAGCGUAGAGUCCCCCACCCUGUCUGCCCAGGCAGCCCCCACCCCUGGCCUCCCCCUGAGUGUCUGUGGCCAUGGGGACUGCUUCCCCCUCCAGGUGGGAGGACCUGGAAUGAUGGAGGCCAGGCUCUCCCGAGAAGGGGCUGUGGGCUCAGAGCAGGUGCCAGGCUGUAGCCAGGGCGAGAGGCGUGCAUGGGAGAGGGAAGAUUCCAGAACAGCUUGAGUCUGCAGGGCCCCCAUGCCCCCAGGGACAUUGUAACUUGUGCUGCACGAGGGGCCCCACGAAGGUGCCAGAGAUGGGUCCUGCAGGCCAACCCGGGGCAUGGGGGUCUCAGGCCAGCCCGUCUCCUCCCGCGAGGCCUGGGCUUGGGAGUGGUCACUGGAUCACCACGGGCCCAUCUCCAGGGAAGGCAGGAGGGGUGGGAGGGCUCAGAGCCCUGUGCCUGCACCUGCCCCAGGCUCCUCCCACAGCCCUGGCCCCACCCACCAUGUGCCCCAGGCUCCUCCCACAACUGGGACCACACCUACCACCUGCCCCAGGCUCCUCCCACAGCCCUGGCCCCACCUACCACCUGCCCCUGGCUCCUCCCACAGCCCCGGGUCCCACCCCACUCCCCCGCCGGGAGGUUCCUGGGGAUUUCCUCAGUAGCUGGACACUAGACCCUGACCCCACCCCCUCCUAGCCACAUGGCUGUCCCCAAGCCCUUUCCUUCCCCACAGAUCCAAAGCCAGUCCUUGGAGUCCUCACUCACAGUUUUCUAAAGGAUCAGCUGAGGAUGAAGACCCUAUGUUCUGUCCCCCCAAGUCCUCUUCAUGGGAAUCCAGGACAGAGGGCAGCCCCCAAAGUGGGGACCAUGCAGAGCCCACAGGAGCCAGAGGGACACAGUCCACAGGGGGCAUGGAGCCUGGGAGGGGGUUCACUGGGCCCAAAGGCAGCCCUGGCCAGGCUCAUGAGUGGGGCAGAGGGUCGGGGGUCUGAGCUACCCGGAGACCCUCACCCACUGCCCCAGGAGGAGCUCCAGGCCUUCCCCUGCCCAGGCUGCCUGGGCCGGCCCCUGUGGGGGCAGAGGGGCCCCAGGGCUGCGGGGGGUGGGUCAGCUGAGGAGACCCUCUUGCAGCUGGGGGUGGGCUUCUGAAGGUCUGCCAAGGCCGAGGGGACACACUUGGGGAGGGUGGGUGUGUGGGUCAGAGGAGAGGCCUGCAGGAGACUGGGGGGCCCACUGCACCCAGGCCGUACCCCACGGCUGCCCCCGAUGGCCGCCUGCCCCUGCUAGUGCCAACACAUGGGCAAGGCUUUCCACCAAAGCUGGGGCAGGGUCCUGUGCAGAUGGGGCCUUCCGGCCCCCAGGGGCUGCUCGUGAGCCCACUGAGCCCACCCCCAGGAACCCAGGAUCGGGGGGCCCGGCCCAUCCGCAGCCCCCACCCACGAGGCUGACCCAUGACACUGUGGGCCUCUCUGCACCCCCUCCCAGCAGCGGGGCUGACUGAAGGCCCUGGCACCCAGCACUGCCCCGGGGCACCCACCAGCCUGGCCAGGCCGCGACACCCCAGCGUGCAGCUCAGGGCCCGUGGGAGGGGGCCUGGGGGUGCCUCAGGCUCUGGGUGGGCUGGGGGGCGAGAGGAGGACGUCCUAACAGACCCCGGUGACCACGGAGGCUGGGCAGGGCAGCUGGGGGCCCUCCUGCCCCAGGCCCCCUCGAAGACUCCCUGCGGCAGCCUCAGGGGGAGCUGGAAUGGGGGUGACAGCAACUCCCACACCCCGGGCUGAGGGAAGGCAAGAUGAAAUGUGGCUCGAAAAACCGUGAAUGCUCCAAAA